CACAUGACCGAGCUGUCAGCUGUGCGCGUCGUUGUGUCGUCGGGCGCGAUAACGAUACGCGUGAUCUGUGGUGCGUAUAAAGAAACUGGAAAGUAAACACGGUAGCCCAGUGCAGUGACCACCUGGACCAUCGAUUCCAAUAGCCGCGUUUACGAGACAUCGAUUACCCAGACCUCGACGACAGCCAGCGACGCGCACGCAACAAACACCUACAUCACCUACAAGCGAACAACAUGGCGGCGGAGUGCAAUCACGCGGACUCAUUUUUCAACAGAAAACUCUUUUGGCGGAGAAGUGAGACCUUAAAAGUGCCCAUGUCCCUUUUUUACGAUAAUCGCCAACGACUCGUCUCACGUCUCAAAGCAAAACCGAAUGAAACCCGCUGGAUCCCAGGCACUUUCAUCGUUCUUCAAGGUGGUGUGGAAGUUCCCUUUAACGACACGGACAUAUACUGGCCUUUCAGACAGGAGUCGUUCUUUCAAUGGUGCUUUGGCGUGGAGGAGCCAGACUGUUACGGCGCUAUCGACGUGAACACCAGUGCCUCGAUCCUCUUCGUGCCGAGGUUACCGCCCGAGUACGCGAUUUGGCAGGGCAGGCUACAUACUCUGGACGACUUCAAGGAACGAUACGGCGUGGACGAGACUCAUUAUACCGACGAGAUUGCGUCCGUGCUGAAAGAAAAGUCAGCGCAAGUCUUGCUUACGCUGAAUGGCAAAAACAGCGACAGCAAACUGACAACGCGCGAGACGAUUUUCGAUGGUAUCGACGAAUUCCGGGUGGAUCUUGAACACUUGUAUCCGGUGAUAUGCGAGUGCCGGGUGAUAAAGUCUCCUCAAGAAAUUGAAGUAUUGCGGUAUGUGUGUAAGAUAAGUUCGGAGGCUCACAAGACUAUAAUGCGCUCUAUGCGUCCGGGGAUUCCAGAAUACAAAGCAGAGGCUUGGUUUUUAAAUUAUGUAUACGCUGAGGGAGGGUGCAGGCAUGUAUCUUACACGUGCAUCUGCGGAUCCGGACAUAAUUCCUCUAUACUGCACUAUGGUCACGCCGGUGCUCCGAAUAAUAAAGUUAUACAGGAUGGAGAUAUGUGCUUGUUUGACAUGGGCGGUAAUUACUGUGGAUACGCGGCUGACAUUACGUGCAGUUUUCCAGCCAACGGGAAAUUCACCGAGGAUCAAAAACUGAUCUACAAUGCGGUGCUGAAGGCGCGCGACGCAGUGAUCGCAGCCGCGAAACCGGGAGUUGCCUGGACAGAUAUGCAUCUGUUGGCUAAUAAGGUCAUGUUGACAUCGUUGAAGAAAGGUGGACUACUGGUGGGCGAUGUCGAUGAUAUGAUAAAAGCAGGUUUGAACGAAGUAUUCCAGCCUCACGGACUGGGCCACUUGUUGGGAUUGGAUGUGCACGACGUUGGUGGAUAUCUACCUGGUCAUCCUGAACGCUCGGAGGAUGCGGGAGUGAGAAAGCUGAGAACCGCGCGGACAUUGCUCGCCGGAAUGGUUCUCACGGUGGAACCAGGCUGUUAUUUUGUAGACUGCUUGCUCGAUGCAGCUCUUGCUGAUCCAAUCCAGUCCAAGUUCCUUGUGCCAGAACAGUUGCAGAGAUUCCGAGGUUUUGGUGGCGUUAGAAUCGAGGAUGACGUCCUUAUAACGGAAACCGGAGUCGAAAAUAUGACGGAUGUUCCUCGCACAGUUGAAGAAAUAGAAAACUUCAUGCAGAGUUAAUUGGUCAAGAAGAAAAAUUCGCAAAAUUCGGAGAUUUUGAGAGAUGAAGGAUUGAAAAGUUUAACAAGUUGCUUAUCAAUUAGCUGCAUAAAUGCAAUUGUGAUAAGAAGGUAUAUUCAUAUAAUUUUUCACCAGAUACAUGUAUAUAUUUGUAUCGAUUUAUACAUAAAUAUAACGAAUAAAACAAGAAACUGA